AUGGAGGAUCUACAAGCCGGUACUCGUAAGGCCAAGAGCCUGCAGAUGGACCCCCAGCCACUCAGAGCAGCAGCCGGGCGGCUGAAGUCACAGGUCGACUCCGGCCGCCUUCCAGGCGUCAUGACUUGUGCAGUCAAAGAGGGUCAUCUUAUCCACUUCGAGGCCCACGGUUUUUCAGACCUGGCCGGCCAAGUGGCCAUGAACUCUCAGACGCUGUUCCGGCUCUACUCCCAGACGAAGCCAGUGCUGGUGGUAGGCUUCCUGAUCCUCUUCGAGCGCGGUGAGGUCCUUCUCGAUGAUCCGGUUGAGAAGUAUUUGCCUGAGUUCAAAGAUGCAGCCGUCGGCCCGCAACGAAAGCCACUCUCGCGCCCGAUACUGGUGCGCGACCUCCUCGCUCACACGAGCGGAAUCGGCUUUGGACCUGGCUUCGGCUACGAGGCCGAGAACGACUACGAAUCGACCUACGUGGGGUUGGUGAGAAAGGUGGAUGCCGGGGAGAUCCAUUCUCUGGCAGAAUGGUGUGAAGAGCUUGCCAAAAUACCCUUGCGGUUUCAGCCCGGCAAAGACUGGGGAUAUGGCUACAGCUCAGAUGUGCUGGGAAGGCUCAUCGAAGUGCUCACGAAGAAGCGGCUGGAUGACUUUCUCAGGGAGGAGGUGCUGGAGCCCUUAGGGAUGGCCAACACCUUCUUUGCAGUUCCAGAAGAACAGGCUCCAAAGCUGGCGGCACUUUACAAGAGGGAACCCUGGCAUGGGAAAGCAAAGACCGUUCGCUUCGUGACUUCGGAUGUGGGCGGCAGCGGCGUUAUGGAAGACCUGUCCAGGAACGUGCUGGCGAGGCCUGAAGUGGACAAGUCAUCCGUGCACCCGAUGCCAACCUCUGUUUUUCUACACGGUGGGCCCGCAUCGAAGGUCAUCCAGGGUGGUGGCUGCAUCUGCAGUGUUGCAGGUGGGCUUGUCAGCAACUUUACCGAUUGCUCGCGAUUCUUCCAGAUGAUCGUCAACAACGGAGAGCUGGAUGGCGUGCGACUUCUCAAGGCCGCAACUGUGCAGCUGCUCGGGCGUGACUGGUUGAACGAGUUCACCACUGAGAAGCGGAGGCGCCCGCUGUGGGUUUGGAACACGCCUGGCAUUGGCUUUUCUCCCCUGGGCCAAAUCGGCGUCAAGUUCAAGGGUGCCAACCGCCGAACAGUGGGGUCGCAGCUGCACACCGUGCACUGGGGCGGUGCAGGUGGAUCUGGCUACAUGCUCAACUGGCCUCAUAGAUUGGUCGUGCUGACCUACAGCGGAGUCGUCUUCGAUACUGAUACCCAGAAGACGAUGUGGCGAGCUGCCUUUGGCUCACUUCGAAGAGGUGGCCUCAGUCUUUCAAGAGGAGAGCAAGGACACCACGCCCGCCAAAAAGCGAAGAGUCUCGCGUUGAGCGCCGACCGUCGGAUUGUUAAUGAUGCCAUGCCUGUGGCAGAAUUAGUCGUGGGCUUGACUGCUGGAGACUUCGCACGCACGAAGGCAGCAGACAGGAUGGGAAAGCAGCCAAAAUCAGCUGCAGUGUUUGCUGCAGUUUCGAGUUGGCUGCUGGGCAUAAAACUGCCCUUCAAUUACCGUGCAGCCGGGGAAAGCUUGCGGAUCGAAGCUGUGGCGAGCAGCAACAAAGUCCUGUCGCAGCGGGGCCUCAACAGGUCGAGCCAGACUCAGUCCACUCAACCCGAAGAUGUCCCAUCCCACGCGGAGGAGGUAGUCCGCCUAGCGCUUUCAACCUUAGCAUCGGCACUGGCCCAGGCCAACGGCGGGCACAGCGAGCGUCUUGGUCCUGCCCUUUGCGCGGCGCUGCGCAAGGAGGGCACGACCAAAAGGCCACUGGCGGCAUGUGCCACUGGCUCUCCAGCAGAGGAUGUGGUUUUGGCGCGUGUCCGUACUUUGUCGCUUUGUGCUGUGGCCUACUGGCGCGAAGUGUCGCAGGACCUUGGGCGGGCUGCCUCGAGCUUGUCGCGCUUCCUUGAGCAGCAGAGGCACCUGUACUGGAAGAGACCUCCCUACAGAGGUGUGAAUCUCGGUGGCUGGCUGCUGCUAGAGCCCGGGCCCAGUCACGAGCUCUUCCAGACAUUUGGUCCGGAGGCCACCUGCGAGUGGCGGCUGCUUGACAAAAUGCGCAAGCAUUUCGGCACACAGAAAACGAUAGAGGCGAUUCAGGCCCACCGAGCCAAUUUCAUUUCAGAAGAGGACUUUCGCAACAUCCGCUCGAUGGGUUUCAAUGCAGUGCGCAUCCCGUUCGGCUACUGGAUAGUGACUGGCCCCGCUAAGGGCGAACUGUACGUUGGCCCAGGACUGGACUUCCUGGAUCGGGCCCUGACAUGGUGCCAGCGGUUGGGGCUCCAGGCUCUUCUGGAUCUUCAUGGGGCUCCUGGUGGUGAAAGUGGCGAGAAGCCCUGUGGACGAGAGCGCAAGGAUUGGAGAUGGGAGCACUGGCGGCUCGAUGAGUCUAUUGAGGCUCUGAGAGUCAUUGCGCGACGCUACAAAGGCCACCCUGCGGUGUCCGGCAUAGCCGUCUGCAACGAACCCAGUGAGAAGGUGCCAGCUGAUGUGCUUUGCCAGUUCUAUGACGAGGCGGUUCGAACCAUUCGAACCUUCAUGCCGCCAGAUGAAGUCAGCAUCGUGUUGCCAGUGUACAGGACAGAGCGACUAGAUGAGAUCUGGCGACUGUGGAACCGCGUCUUCGACGGCUUUGCGAGCCAUGCGAAUGUGGCCUUUGACCUCCACUUGUACCACUGCUUUGGCGCUUGGUGGCAACGCCAAGGGCUGGGAAGUCACCUCAGGAUGACCAAGCGCCAUCGCAAGAUUCUUCGGCGUGUGCCGGCUGUGGUUGGCGAGUGGAGCCUGGCACUCCCAGACAGGGCACUUGCCCAGACUGACAUCGAAGAGGCGCAGGAUCAGGCUUACAAAGCCUUUGCGGCCGCACAACUGGAUGCCUACAGCCACGCAUCCCAUGGCUGGUUUUUCUGGAACUGGUGCGACUCUCCAGCCCACCAUCCAGGCUGGGAUGCCCGGACGUGCUUUCAGCGUCAUUGGUUGGCUCAGGCAGAUCUCUGCAAAAGCGGAGCGCCGCUGAUUCCUGCUGGAGGUGUUUGA